AGGGGGGUUGGCUAAUCUACCAGCUGCAACCUUUCCUGGCCGCGAACGCCACUCUCACCCUUCCUCAUCUCUCUUGAUGACCUAAUUGGCGAGCAGGUCAACUAUGGAACAGGUUUCGCUCAUGUUCUCCACUUUCUUCCAAAUUUAAUGUUUAAAAGAAGGCAAAUGUGAGCAGCGGUGGCUCUUAUUUUCUCUCCCCCACCGCACGCUGCACUUCUUUCACCGAGUCACCUUCGCGUCUUCAGUUCACCUGACACUUCUGACACCGCGUUGGUGUUCUUGCACAAGUUUUGUUAAGUCCAUCCGGAUCGCCAUUGGGAUCCAGUAGCACUUUCGGACGCACUUCGACACAGCAAACGAAACUUCUGCCGGUCCUUCGGGGUGUCUCAAGUUAAGCCACAAGAUGAGUAUCAAAUCUGACUCCGAGCCAAACAACAAUGUCUCUAUUGAAGAGGAGGUACGAACUCUGUUUGUCAGUGGUCUGCCAACAGAUAUCAAACCGCGGGAACUCUACCUGCUUUUUCGUCCAUUUAAGGGUUAUGAGGGUUCACUAAUCAAGUUAACAUCAAAGCAGCCUGUUGGGUUUGUAACCUUUGACAGUCGUUCCGGUGCAGAAGCGGCAAAAAACGCAUUAAACGGGGUUCGAUUUGACCCUGAAAACCCGCAGACCCUCCGGUUAGAGUUUGCUAAAGCCAACACGAAGAUGGCAAAGAGUAAGCUGAUGGGCACUCCGAAUCCCACAAAUAUCCACCCAGCUCUAGGAGCUCACUUCAUAGCACGGGACCCAUAUGACUUGACAGGGGCAGCGUUGAUCCCGGCAUCUCCGGAGGGCUGGUCUCCUUAUCCGCUCUACACGCAGGAGCUCAGCCCUGGCCUGCCCCACACUGCUUUCACAUACCCAGCUGCGGCGGCAGCUGCCGCUGCUGCACUUCAUGCACAGAUGCGCUGGUAUCCCUCCACAUCAGAGUCUUCCCAACCUGGAUGGAAGUCACGGCAGUUCUGCUAAAUUCCCAGUGUGCAAUAACCAUUUCUCUUCAAAUGUCGCUUUGUAGAUUCUGUUUAAAAGCACUCCAGUUCAUUUGAACUUUUUGUUUUUGGAUGUCUUUACUCCUUUGGAAUUAUGCCAUGAAGAGAUGAAAUUGAUUUGCAUUUCCAACUGCACACAUUAUUAGAAAUUUAUAGAUGGGACGGUAGACAUUGGUAAUUCUUAUUAGAUCAAUUUCGUUUUUUCAAUUAUGAUAGUAAGACCUUUUUGUUCAUUUAUUCAUUUAUUGCGUCUGAUGGAUAGAAGACAAUCAGCUGAAACGCAGACAUUGAGCAUGUCAGUUUCGGCAUGAUGUGUAGAUCUGUGCAUCAUAGUACAUGUCCUGCAGCCUUGUUGGGUGUAACCUUAUUGUCUUGUUAGUCUUUUGUAGCUUGAUCUUUGAAUUUGCUUAUGUGAAAACAGUGGCCAAUUCAUGUUACGAUGGGUAUUAUAUUCUCCAAGCAGACACCCCCCUUCCCCCCCCCCCCAUUUCCACUUUAGCGUAUAACCAAGUGUCUGACAAUGUAGCAAAAUAUGACGAGACAAUCUCAAUAUAGUAUGUGGGGUGAGAAGAGUUUGUGCAAUUAAAUAAGUAAUCUGUAUAAGUUAUUUGUAACUCUUUCUUUGUAUUGUGUUUCUGAUUUUUGCAUCAAUGUACUUUAUAGUAGUUUCAGAGAUUACAUAGUAAUUUUCUUUGGUUUGACUGUGUCAGUGUGGCACAACUAACAAUAUGGACGGCAGAUUUGGCUGCUAUUAAAUUGCUGUUUCAAGGUAAUACUCUGAAAAUAAUGAUAUGAUACAAUGGUGCAUGAUUUUAAUGUGGGUGUAGUAAUGGUUAAUUCAGACAAUAGAAAUGUAUUUGUAAAAAGAGUUUGGUGUAAAAAAAAAUGCUGUUGUAUGAUAUAGUAUUAAAUGGGAAUGCAUUAAAA